UUGUAUUCCAACGGAAUAGAGAAUAAACAACCAACACAUCGACCAUUCUCCCUUAUUUCAUUUCCUCAACAAUCAGAUUGAACUCAUGGACACAACCAUCCCCACUACCACACCAACAAACCACACUUGAGCUUAUUACUAUCAUCAUUAUCAUUCUUCUCCUCUUAACCUGGUUCUUGCCAACAAUGCAUCUCACCAGACCAACCCUCAAAGCCCUCACCACCAAAUCCCUCCCCAAAGCCCUCCCCACCCAGAAUGGUCUAAAAUACCCCUGGCUCCACACCCUCAAAUCCACCACCCUCCAACAUCUGGCCCACCAAACCGGGAUCAAAAGUUCCGGGACGAAGCCCGUGCUUAUUCGACGCUUGGAGGGCGAGUUGGCGAGGUGUGUGUAUACCCUUCCCCUCGGUCAUUAUCAUGGUUCUGGGUCUGGGUCUGGGGGUGGUAGCGAGUUAAGAGGACGGGGGAGUGGGGAGGGUAAAGAGUUGAGGGUACUUAGUAUCGAUAUGGGGAUUCGGAAUUUGGCAUUUGCGUGUUUGAGGGUAACUAUUCCUCCUCAUUAUUCUCCUGCGUCUGCUUCGGGGGGGUUAGCUGGGACAAAGGAUCAUGAACCCGGAAAAGGAAAUGGGAAAGGAAGUGGAAUAGAGAGCAUCACCCUCCAAGCCUGGCGACGACUCUCCAUUCCCCAUCUUAGAGAGGAAUUUAACCUCACCCCCCAACGCACAUCCAAAUCCAAAAUCCAAUUCAUCACCCCCGACGAAGAUCCCCCCAGCGAAUCUACUUCUGCUGCCAAGGAAGACUUCUCCCCCCCCAUUUACGCCCACCACGCAUACACCCUCAUCACGACCCUCCUAGACCGUUAUCAGCCCACACACAUCCUGAUCGAACGACAACGGUUUCGCAGUGGUGGGGGGUCCGCGGUGCAGGAGUGGACCAUUCGCGUGGGUAUGUUCGAGGGGAUGUUGUAUGCUGUUUUGGAGGCCAUAGGCCGUUUUUCUUCAACCUCUACUUCGUCGUCGAGGGAUUUUGGGGGUGAGGGUCAGGGUGGGGUGGAGGUGUGGGGGAUGGAGCCGGGGAGGGUAAGUCGGUUUUGGGCGGAGAGGGGGGUUCAAGAUCAGGAUCAGGAUCAGGGUCAAAGUGAUGGGGAUGGGGAUGAGGGUGGAAAGGGGAAGAAGGGGAAGAAGAAGAAGAGUGUACGAGAUGUCAAGAAGAUGAAGAUUGGAUUGGUGGGAGAGUGGUUGAGACAGACUGGUGAAGAGUCUGGUGCGAGGAUAUUGGUUGAGGAUGAAGAGGUGAAGCAAUGGGUGGAUGCAUUUCUGGAAAAGUACCAAGGCAAAAGACGAAGAAAAGAUGCAGUGGAAUUUGAUAUCGGAAAACUGGACGAUUUAGCAGACUGUCUCGUCCAGGGCAUCACUUGGCUCGAGUGGCAGCGCAUGCGGCAACAAGUGGUCUUAUCGGAGGGCAGAUCGAUUGAUCGCUACUCAUUAUAA